AUGUCUUCGCCCACCACCACACCAACCCACAAACUCACCCCCCUCGCAACCCUCACACCGCCCUCCAACUCGCGAACCUGGCAGUCCGCGCCACAUCCCUCUCUCCCUAUCGUCGCAACUGCGUGCUCCGAUCGCAGCGUCCGCGUCUACAGUCUAACCUCCUUCACGCUCCUACAUUCCAUAACAGGUGGGCAUAAGCGCAGCGUACGGACUGUGUCCUGGAAACCGAGUACACGGGGACAGAGUGUUCUCGCGACUGGAAGUUUCGAUUCUAGCGCUGGGAUAUGGCGGAGGGAAGAAAAUGGUGGAGGACGCGAAGAGGACUUUACGGGUAGACGAAUCGGUGCUGGCGGUGAGGAUAGUGAUGGAGACGAACGCGACGACGCAGACGACUACCAAUUCUCCUGCAUCCUCGACGGCCACGAAUCCGAAAUCAAAUGCUUGGCUUGGAGUCCCAGCGGGCAAUACCUAGCAACGUGCUCCCGCGACAAGAGCGUGUGGAUAUGGGAGGAGCUCGAAGACGAUAACUUUGAAACCGUGGCUGUGUUGCAGGAACAUGACGGCGAUGUCAAGAGCGUGGCGUGGCACCCCGAGGAAGAUUUACUGGUUAGCACGAGCUACGACGAUACGGUUAGGUUGUACAAGGAGGAUGCGGAUGAUUGGGUGCAGGUGAGUAUGAUUGAGGGGCAUGAGAAGACGGUUUGGUGGGCGGAGUUUGAGGGGAGUGGGAUGGCGGGGAGGGGCUGGAGGAAGGAUUCAUCGGACACAACACUAUCGGAACAGCAGUCAUCCCAUAUCUCGGAGUUGGAACGAUCGGGACCGCGGCUAGCGACGUGCUCAGACGACUGCACGGUACGGAUAUGGCGCCGGAAAGCGAAAGAAGGGGAUGGCAACGCGAGUAAUAAGACGGGCGUCCCUAGUAUCAUCCGCUCGGCGGCUAUCGACGAGGAGUGGUAUCAGGAUGCGGUGCUACCGCAGGUUCACGAACGCGCUAUCUACUCGGUUUCUUGGAGUCGGAGGACGGGCAUGAUUGUUAGUGCGGGUAGCGAUGGGAAAGUCAUUGUUUAUAAGGAGAGGUGGAGGGGCAAUGCGGAGGAUGGAGUGGAGGGGAUGGAUGUUGAUGGUGCGCAUGUAGAGGGAUUAGGAGGAUUGACGGAGUGGGUGGUUGUUGCGGAACUGUUUUCCGGACAUGAUGUCUUUGAGAUUAAUCAUGUUUGCUGGGCCAAGAGGGCGGAUAAGGGGAGGAGGGGUGAGGAGGAGGAGGUUGUGCUUACUACGGGGGAUGACGGGGGGGUGAGGGUUUGGGUGUUGGAUGAGGUGGAUGCUGAGAAGGUGUGA